AUGGAAAAGUGCCAUGCACAAUUCAAAACAAAGAAAGAACACAAAGCCUUGUUUGUGUUUGGGGAUUCACCUUUUGACCCUGGAAACAACGUGUAUCUCAGUGGUGGCAGCAAACUGGAAACAGUUCAUUGGCCUUAUGGGGAAACAUACUUCAAACAUCCCACAGGAAGAUACUCAGAUGGCCGUGUAGUACCUGAUUUCAUUGCUACUUUUGCAGACUUGCCUAUACUUUCACCAUAUCUGCAACCACAUCCUACUCGGUUUACUGAUGGUGCUAACUUCGCUUCAGGUGGAGCUGGUGUUAUCUCCACUCGUUCAAAUCCAUGUAUUGAUCUUCCAACACAAGUGAGAUAUUUCAAGGCAGUAGUGAAGUCACUGAAACGGGAACUAGGAGAUAUAGGAGCCAAGAGAGUUUUGGAAAAUGCUGUUUACUUGUUUAGUAUUGGAGGCAACGACUAUGUUGCCCUUCAUAGCCAAAAUCCCAACACCACUGAGUCAUACAGAAGGGCAUACAUUAACCAAGUUGUUAGCAACCUCACUAAUGUGUUCAAGGAGGUGUAUAGUCAAGGAGCCAGGAAAAUAGCAUAUCAAAAUGUAGGACCUUUGGGUUGUGCUCCAGAGAGUAGAGUAGUGAGUACUGGUGCUUGUGCUCAAGAUUUAAUGGCAAUGGCAAGAGAACACAACCAAGUUUUCUCUGAAGCUCUUAAGAAGUUAGGGAGCGAGCUACCAGGACUUAGAUACUCAAUAUUUGAUUAUUAUAAUGCAAUUAACGACAGAGUAAACAACCCUGUGAAAUAUGGAUUGAAGGAGGGUGUGACAGCAUGUUGUGGUGUUGGUCCCUUCAGAGGAACUGGUUGUGGAGAAGCAAAGAAAUUUUAUGUGUGCAGUAAACCAUAUGAAUAUGUAUGGUUUGAUUCCGCACAUCAGGUUGAAAGGGUCAAUGGCCAAAUAGCUGAACUUAUAUGGAGUGCUCCACCAGAUGUAACUGGGCCUUACAAUGUGAAGCAGUUAUUCGGAUAUCAGUAG